AUGCAUCAAACGCAGACUACCCCACAGCAGAUGAUGCAGCAGCCUGGCAUUGCUAACCCGGGUACUCCAAUACCCCCUCCGGUCCCGCCGGGCUGGGCUGCACAUUGGGAUCAGUCACAGCAGAAGUUUUACUUCCAUAAUUCGAUGACGGGAGCAGUCUCUUGGGAUUAUCGUGAGUCUCUCUCCUGCCCAUAUUCAAAAGUUGGGAUGAAAGGGUGGUCACAUAGUUGUGUUUGCCUGGAGGUUCCCAAGUUUUAUGGGAUGGGCUUUAGGGCGUUUACACUGCCGGGCGAAGCAAGUUCUAAUGGGGAAAUACAGCCCAGCAAAGUGCUCUACCAACAUCUCCGACAUCGGGAAAUCCCCACUAUCCACCGCAGCAGCAGAUCCCGGGGUUUGGUCCUUCAGCCACUCCUGCCCCACAGUAUCAACAGCAGUACCAGCACCCGUCUACUAUCCCCGUUGGCCCCGCUGCUGCCAGACAGCUGCAACCGCAACACCAGCAACUACCCCAACCGCAGAUGCACCAUCAGCAGCAACCACAACUGCAAACGCAUCACCAACUGCAAGCGCAAGCGCAACAAACACGGCCUAACAAUUUACCUCCUCAAACUCCGGUCCCUCAGUACCACUAUGAACCACGAGCUUCGCAAACACCUGCCCGCACCCACUAUACCCCUCCUGGUAUCGCUGUACCCGCCCGUAAGCCCGCAAAAUCUAGUUCCUCAUCCUCGACUCCGCUCCCCCAAGGUGUCGCAGAGGUCGCCGGCAGCGAUGCAGCAAUCCCCUCGACGCCAAAGCCAGUCUCCCCUGCAAAGACCAGAUCCCUCACCCCCGAGGCCCCGAAAAAGGAAGAGGAGAAAGAAGAGAAAGUCCACCUCUCAGCUACAUUCAGCGGAUUUUCAGAGGAAGAUAGGAUGUUCACGGAUAUCUCUGUAACGACCGGUGUGGCAGCUCCACCUCCUUCAGCCGCUGCACAAACAACCAACAUCAUUCGUGUGCCAAACUCCUCAUCGCCAGAGAUCCGGUCACAAUCCGCAGCGCCAACUCUACAGCAGCCCAGGCCACAGGCGCCACCUGGCCCAGCCAAUGUUCCUAUUCUCCACGAUAGGAGCCUUUCAUUAUCUCCAGGUUCUCAGAAUCCAGCCCCAGGAAUGGUUCAUAGUCCCCAGUCCGGCUUCAGCGCGAAUUUCCCCUCAAUCCCUCACCACAGCACAAUGGGGGCCUACCCUCAGCAAACCCCCCCUAGUCAAACCGGGCGCCCAGCCCCGCAUAUUCAACCACUACACUCCCAGGCUGCUCAGCCACAUCCUCCAUUCCAGCAACAACACCACCCUCAAGCCAUCCCCCGGCCAGCGACUACCCUUCCAUCUCAACAAGCCCAAACCUCGGUAUCAAUGUAUCAAGCUGGUUACCAAAACAUGUCUCCAAGGGCUCCCAUUACACAAGGAACUUUGCAGCAGCCCCGCAAGAGGGUCCCCCCACGAACAAUUGGGGAAGCAACUACCAAAAGAACCACCACCCGUCCACCGGCAAAGGGACCCCCCGCGCCAGGCGGACCCACCGUUUCCAGUGGAGCGGCGAUGGCGGCCCAGGGGUUAAAGACCAUUUCCAAAGCCUCAACAACUGUUAUUAAGAAGGCAUUCGAAGACACCGGGUCAUUCUGGGUGCCGAAGAAGAAACUCAAAGAGCCGAUUAAGGCGGGCCGUGGCGGCCGAGGGAGGGGAUUUUCUCAACAAAUGCAGGGCACCCCAGCCGGUCGAGGUAUGAUGCAAGGCGGCACGAGGGGCCCCAGAGGCAGGGGAAGAGGGGUCGUAGCUAGUGGUAGAGGCAGUGUGACCAUUGCUCACCCACAAUAUAUGGGACCUCAGGCGGUGUUCAAUGCCCCUACGCCUAUAAUGACUAGCCCCAUGUAUGGUCCCAUGCAAGGUCCAAUGCCGGGUCCAAUGCCGGGUCCAAUGCAGGGUCCAAUGCCAGGUCCCAUUCCGAAUCAGAUGGGCGGAGUUCACGUGGGCAUGAGCGGCGGAAUUAGCGCAGGAAUGAACGGUGGACCGCCAGUUAGUAUAAAUGGUGCCAUGCAGAUGGGCAUGAACAGUCCUGCACCGAUCGGUAUGAACGGGGCGAACGGGGACAUGCCAAUGAAUAUGAAUGGCCCACAGCCGGUAAUGCAACCAGGCAUGUCCGGAGGGGCCUACCAACAGCAAACCAUAACUACGGCUACCGUCACUGGGCGCGGUGGUGGGAUGAUUGGGGGCGCUCCCGGAGCCGGGAGAGGAGGGCCGCCACCACCAGUCAGAGGUGGAAUGAUCGGGGGCGCUCCCGGAGCCGGGAGAGGAGGGCCACCACCACCAGUCAGAGGUGGAAUGAUGGGAGGUACCGGUACCGGAAGAGGAGUACCUGGGCCUGUCUACGGGGAUACACCUGGCCAGGGUCCGGGAGGCGGAAGAGGAGCGGCGCCCGGGCCAGCGAGAGGGGGAGCCGCUUCUGGUAGAGGUGGAACUCCAUCCCGCGGAAGGGGAGCUAGUGCAGCUGGCGGAAGUAGCAGGGGCAGAGGCAGGGGUAGGGGUAGGGGUAGGGGUAGGGGUGGUCCUAUGGCUCAGCAGCAACAAAUGAUGAUGCAACAACAGCAAAUGAUGAUGAUGCAGCAACAACAGCAAGAGCAGAUGAUGGCGGAGCAGCAACAACAAGAGCAAAUGAUGGCAGAGCAACAACAGCAAGAAAUGUAUGCCGAGGAGGGAGCCUGCGGUGAGGAAGGUGCCUAUGCAGAGGAAGAAGCAUACGGUGCGGAAGGAUGCGGUGAAGAGGGGAUGUACUUGGAAGGUGAGGCAUAUGCUGGCGGCGAAGAAGGUGGUGUAUAUAUGGAGGGUGAGAUGUAUGCCUCUGAAGAGGGAGUUUAUAUGGAAGCCGAAGUGGGCUAUGAAGAGGGCUGUGGAGAUGGUGGAUAUGAUGAAACCGGUGGCUGUGGUGAGGGCGGAUAUGAGGAAGCCGGCUAUGAAGAAGGUGGCUAUGCUGGGGAGGAAUACGGUGGAGAGUGCGGCGGCGAAUAUGGCGGUGAGGAAUACGGCGGCGAGGAGUGCGGCGGCGAGGAGUGCGGCGGCGAGGAAUAUGGUGGUGAAGAAUACGGUGAAGAAGGCUACGGCGGCGAAGAAGGCUACGGUGAAGAAGACUACGGUGGUGAAGAAGGCUACGGCGGCGAAGUCGGCUACGGCGGCGAAGAUGGCUACGGCGGUGAAGGAUGCGAAAGCGGUGAAGGUGGAUUCGGGGAGCUGAUGGGAGAGGAUGGCGGCGAGGGUGUCAUUUCCGGCCUAUUAGGGGCUCUCGAGUUUUGA